AUGAGCUACGGCCGUGGUGAAAGCAACACGGGCCCCGUCGAGGAUGGCAGUGGACAAAUGCUGUUGCCCGACAAUGCCGACUCUCGUCCAGCCAACCCUGUCGGUCACCGAGGUGCCGGCCAGUGGUCGUCGCGUGGUCGUGGUCGUGGCGGUCGUGGAGGAUACACCGGCCACGCGAAUGCUUUCGCCCACCUCGAUGUUGGAGUCUCCCGACCUUCUGCACCGGCUGCCUCUGUCGUCAACAGCGUUCUGAACCCAGAGUCGAGCAUCUGGGAGCCUCCCGAGGCCAUGAUUACCCAAGGCCCAAGCACUGCUGCCGUUGAGCAGAGUCCUCGUUCUUCCGAGGGCGUGGCGGAUCGUCCGGCUCAGCAGCGUACUACUCCGGCUGGCGCCUUUGCCUCGUCCCCUCAGGGAGGCCAAAUCAACGCGGCCCAGGAGAGCUUCAGCAGCAUCUCCUCCCAGAUCAGCCAUAAUGUCUCGAUUUUGACGCAGUCCGACGGCGAGAAUCCGGGCGCGACUCACCCAUUCCCGUACAACAGCCCUUUUCAAACGUACGCCCAGCGUCCCCAGGCUCACCUUUCUUCCUACAGCGAAUUUGUCGGCGAGGCCCGCAAUGCACACGUCGCCAACAAUACAAAGGCCAGAGCCAAUACCAUCAGCACCGUCGGGGGUGGAGGCGGAUCCCGCUCCUUCGACCAGAUGACCUUUGACCUGCUCAACGAGACUCUACAACGCACCGAUCGCCAGACCGCCGGAGCAGACUAG